AUGCCUUGUAAGUUUUUAACGUUAGAAGCUGCGUUAGAUUAUUUCCACAGCUUAUCCGACAGCGAACUUGAUGACGAACACGAGCAUGAUCUUCGUAUUUUGCUACCUGAUAAAGACGCGAGUCUGAGUGAUGAAGAACACAUAAACGGUGAAGCCUUAAAUGAAGUUUAUCCUAAAGGUGUCUGCGGCCAGGUUGACUUGAUGCUUAGCGAUGUAGAUACAGGUUCAAAUAGUUCAGAUGAUCAGCUUCACAAUUCAGGAUAUCAAAAGGGAAGCACAACCUCAUGCUCGACUGCAAAAGCAAAGAAGUGGAAACAAGAAUCCUAUCUCAGGUGGAAAAAAUAUGCUAAAGAAGUUGUACGGUUUGUCAGAAAACGAGCGAAAACGGGAAUUGAAUGUGAAAAGAGACUCCGUUCAUCUUGCUUCCCCCAAUACCAUGGACAAUAA